GUGAUUUUCAACAUUGUUAACUUCUCAAAGACCAAGAGUCUCUACAGAGAAGGCAUGUCCCCUGUAGUCAAGUCAACCAGUCGGCCAAAAUGGCAGAGGCUUCCACCGAAAAACGUCUACUACUACCGUUGCCCUGACCACAGACGCAACUAUGUGAUGUCAUUUGCCUUUUGCUUCGACCGAGAAGACGACGUCUACCAGUUUGCAUACUGCUACCCCUACACCUACACCAGACUGCAGCAUUACCUUGCCAGCUUGGAGCGCAGAAACCUCCCCUACCUGAAGAGGGAGCUGCUUGGACUCAGCGUGCAACAAAGACGUCUGGACCUGCUAACCAUCACCAAUUCUGAAAAUGUGAGGUCAGAGAAGGAGAAGAAGCUGGUUUUUCUCACUGCUCGUGUUCACCCCGGAGAGUCUCCGGCCUCUUUUGUCUGCCAAGGUGUCAUUGACUUCCUGGUGAGCCAUCAUCCAGUGGCCCAAGUCCUCCGUGAUCACGUGAUCUUCAAGAUAGUCCCCAUGCUGAAUCCUGAUGGAGUCUAUCUGGGAAACUACAGGUGUUCUCUGAUGGGCUUCGACCUGAAUCGCCACUGGCAGGACCCGUCUCCGUGGGCGCACCCCACGCUGCACGCGGUUAAACAGCUCAUAGUGCAGAUGAGCCAGGAUCCGAGCGUUAGCUUGGAGUUCUACAUCGACGUCCAUUCCCACUCCACCAUGCUAAAUGGCUUCAUGUAUGGAAAUGUGUUUGAGGACGAGGAACGUGUUCAUAGACAGGCCGUCUUCCCCCGACUGCUGUGCCAAAAUGCGCCGGACUUCUCCUUUUCAAACACUUCAUUUAACCGGGACAAAGUGAAGGCCGGUACCGGUAGGCGCUUCCUCGGCGGUCUUCUUGAUGACACUUCAUACUGCUACACUCUGGAGGUGUCCUUCUACGGCUACAUGACAUCUGUCGGCACCGCCGCCGUUCCAUACUCUGAGGAGAUUUAUAUGAAGCUGGGUAAGAAUGUGGCUCGAACCUUCCUGGAUUAUUACAAGCUUAACAACCUCACCAAGGAUUACGGACCUGCUCUUAUGCACUGCGCUGAGGGGAUUUCCCAGGUGGGCAAAAGCAAGACUGUGAGCAGCACUUGUCCUGUCAGAGAAUCAGGCGACAGGAAAAAGGAGAAGGACCAAAUUUUCUCACACUAGUAGACAUAGGUUGAGCAUAUUUUGAAUAUAAAGUAUUUUGGCAGGAGAAUCAGACUCCUGCCAAAACGCCUUCCUAUUGAUCCAAACAUUUUUUUUAGGGUCUCCAGAACACUGGGACCAGUUACCAAUCGAACACAAACUAUUUUACCACACAUUUCACGUAACACGCAUAUGAAUCUCAAGUUAGCCUAGCGCAUGUUUUUGUUUCUGGACUGUCAGAAAAAAACCAAACACACACACACAGACUUACAGACAACAACGAGUAAACGUCAGGCAUAAAAGCUCUUGUUUCCCUGAUCACAAAGACUUGUAUAAAAAGAUCUAUAACAGUGACAUGCUUGACAUUCAAACCACCUUUCCGUAUAUGUGUGCCUCCUAUAAAACUCCUAUAUUUUUUUCAUAGAUAUGAAAACUGUGUGUGUAGGUGUUUGGGGGGUAGGAUUAUUAAUUUAAAUUAAUUUGAAUGCCUUCAUCUGGCAGCUUUAUGUUGUACAGAAAAUAUGUGUUCAUGUUACGAUUGACUUGUUUAAUUUAUUUCCCAGACAGUGUUAUGUCUUUUGUUACUCUUAUUAUUCAUUAAAUAUUUAACCACUUCAUACAUCUGGUCUGCUUGAUGUAGUUUUGUAGCAGAACUGUAGAGCCUGUUGUUCCAUGAUUAAUGUAGACUGAAACAAUGUACAGGAAUGUGUUCUCUAUAUUCAUGAUUCUGAACCCUUCGGCAUGCAUUGUAAAACACUUAGAAACAUAUAUGUCUCAAUGAUGAAAAAUAUUAACACCAUUUCAAGUU